AUGUCGAUGGUAAAGAAAAUUCUACUUGAUAUUUUACUUCCAAAUGGUUGUAUCAUUGUUGUUGAAUGCGAAGAGGAUAUGACAUUAGAUAAAAUAAAACAAAAUACAUUAUCAUGUAUUAAACGACAAACACCAUUUAAUGAAUUAGUUCAUGAUCAAAAAAAUUAUUAUUUAGAAUCAGUAACAUCAGGUGCACAAAUUAUUCCAUUAUAUGAUGAACAAAUUAAACUUAAUGAAUUGAAGUAA